AUGACUGCUCCACUACCGGCCGAUGUCGUACCCACCGUAUCCGAAGCACGUUUCGUAUUUGAUUUCCUCACAGCUAAUGUAAAAGCAGGCUGGAAAAGCGAGAUUCGAUACACUGGAAGAGUUCCUUCCGCGGGUCACAGAAGUGCGCUGUUUGUCAAAUACAAGCUUUUCGAGGAUGACGGGGUGAGCUGGAGAUUGAGAGGUUGUAUGGGAACCUUUGAGCCCUUCGAAUUGGAAGAAGGACUCGCUAAAUGGGCUGUGAUAAGUGGGUCUGAAGAUCCUCGAUGGUCUCCUAUCACCGCUGAGGAACUACCCAACAUCGAAUGCACUGUCUCCUUCUUGAGUCCUUUCGAGGACUGCCGAGACUACCUAGAUUGGGAUAUAGGGGACCAUGGAUUUCGAAUAUUCCUUCCGGAAGAAUGUAAACCCGAUCCAAAUCAUCCUGAGCCAGCUUUGAUUCCACCUUCGAAUCCUCUAUCGGCGACUUAUCUACCUGAAAUCGCUGUAGAACAUGGGUGGACAAAAACCGAGGCGAUCGAUUCGGCUUGCUGGAAAUCAGGAUAUAGAGGUGUCAUUGACGAGAAUUUGAGGAAGAGGCUUGUUUGCAAGAAAUAUUCCACAAAGAAGUUCACCCUCAACUACUCGGAAUAUCUCGAGCUUAUGAAAGAUUCCACGUAA